AAUGCUUCAAAUUUUCUUUCCUUUAAAGGUUUCCCUACCAAGACCGAUAAAACAAUAGCACAUACGCAAGAUGGCGCGUGUGUUGCCCGUAUUAGGCUUAUUUGUGCUGUGCUGUGCUUUGGCUGCCAGUCAAGAAACCCGUGACAAACUUGAGGGUAUCGAUGUUGAAGAAGUCUGCCAAGACAGACCCGGAGAUGAAUAUUUCCGUUUGGACACCGAGUCCGAUUGCCGUGAAGUGUACAGAUGUGAUAAUGCCGGUGAAAAUGGCAGCCGUACACGUCUAACUUCCAUUAAAUGUUCCGGAGGUUUAGCAUUUGAUAUUACAAGGCAAACAUGUGAUUGGAAAACAAAUGUUAAAAACUGCGAUCAAAAUGAGAAACCACGCAAGGCUAAGCCCAUCUUCAAGACCGACGAGCCCAUUUGCCCCGAAGGCAAAUUGUCUUGCGGUGAUGGUGAAUGUUUGGACAAAGAGCUUUUCUGUAACGACAAAGCCGACUGCAAGGAUGAAUCUGAUGAAAAUGCUUGCUCUGUUGAUGAUGAUCCAAACCGCGCCCCCGAAUGCGACCCCACCCAGUGCGCCUUGCCCGAUUGUUUCUGCUCUGCUGAUGGUACCCGUAUCCCUGGUGGCAUUGAACCCCAACAAGUACCUCAAAUGAUUACCAUCACCUUCAACGGUGCCGUCAAUGUUGACAACAUCGAUUUGUACGAAGAAAUCUUCAACGGUAAUCGCCAAAACCCCAACGGCUGCUCCAUCAAGGGUACCUUCUUCGUGUCCCACAAAUACACCAACUACUCUGCCGUCCAAGACUUGCACCGCAAGGGUCAUGAAAUCUCUGUCUUCUCUUUGACUCACAAGGAUGAUCCCAACUACUGGACCAGCGGUACCUACGACGAUUGGUUGGCUGAAAUGGCCGGUGCCCGUUUGAUCAUUGAACGUUUCGCCAACAUCACCGAUGGUUCCAUCAUUGGUAUGCGUGCUCCCUACUUGCGUGUCGGUGGCAACAAACAAUUCGAAAUGAUGUCCGAUCAAUUCUUCGUCUACGAUGCUUCCAUCACCGCCUCCUUGGGUCGUGUGCCAAUCUGGCCCUACACCUUGUACUUCCGUAUGCCACACAAGUGUAACGGUAAUGCCCACAACUGCCCAUCCCGUAGCCACCCCGUCUGGGAAAUGGUCAUGAAUGAAUUGGAUCGUCGUGAUGACCCCACCUUCGAUGAAUCUCUGCCCGGUUGUCAUAUGGUCGACUCGUGCUCCAACAUUGCCGGCGGUGAUCAAUUCGGUAGACUUUUGCGUCACAACUUCAACCGUCACUACAAUAGUAACCGUGCUCCUUUGGGUCUCCACUUCCACGCCUCCUGGUUGAAGUCCAAGAAGGAAUACAAGGAUGAAUUGAUCAAAUUCAUUGAAGAAAUGUUGGCCCGCAACGAUGUCUUCUUCGUCACCAACUUGCAAGUCAUCCAAUGGAUGCAGAACCCCACUGAAUUGAACGCUUUGCGUGACUUCCAGGAAUGGAAGGAGAAGUGCGACGUCAAGGGUCAACCCUACUGCUCUCUGCCAAAUGCCUGCCCCUUGACCACCCGCGAAUUGCCCGGUGAGACAUUGCGUCUCUUCACCUGUAUGGAGUGCCCCAACAACUACCCCUGGAUCUUGGAUCCCACUGGUGAUGGUUUCUCAGUUUAAGUCACCACUGAACAACGAGGGAACUAA